GGCAUUAUUCGACCGACGGUCGGUGAAAAUGUUUAUUCUACUUCUUCUUUUUCCACUCCUUUCUGUGGAUUCUUGCAGUAUAGAUGGGGAGGCGAAAUAUUGUACUCCAAAAAUUAUGGACAUGUCUCGAGGAGAAUCUAUAUCUACACGGGUCUCUUCUAUUUGUAAAAAUAAAGAAAUUUGCUACGAUAUAAAUGACAAGAAUGGAAUAGAAUGCUUUCAAUGUAAUUCAACUGUCGAACACUUAACAGAUUUAGAACCUCGGCUAAGAACUUGUUGGAUUUCGGAUAUCUUACCAAAAUUGGGCCCGAAACGAGUCCAAUUAAUCUUUUCUUUUGGAAAAACAAUUGAAGUUACUUAUAUAAAGAUAAACUUCUGUCAAAAUGCCCAACCCGAUAGUAUGGUCAUAAAGAAAUCGGUUGACGGUAAAAGAUGGGUGCCUUUUCAAUAUUAUUCCUCUGAUUGCCGACGAAACUAUAAAGUGGAAGAGGGUGGAAAAGUAACCCGAGAUAACGAAGUUCAAGCACUCUGCCACCGAAUCCUACCUAAUGAGGAUUCCAUAAGUUUUUCCCCGCUAAAGUUUAGGCCUUCUAGCCAACAAUCCGAUGAAUCUCCGAGCUUAAAUGAUUGGAUAACAGUCUCAAAUCUACAAAUAGAUUUGGAUAAUCCUAAAGUAGGCUUCAACCACUAUUCGAUAUCGGACAUAAAGAUUGUCGGAAGGUGUAAAUGCAACGGCCACGCUUCUCGUUGUAUUCAAGAUAAGAAUGGACGGCUAAGAUGCGACUGCAAGCAUUUUACGGCGGGAAGAGAUUGCGAGAAAUGCAAGACUGGCUAUCAUGAUCGUCCCUGGGCUCGAGGAACUAGGGAUAACCCUAACGCAUGCGUAGCCUGCAACUGCAAUCAACACUCAAACCAAUGCCGUUUCAACCCGAAAUUGUAUGCCUUAUCUAAUCAGGAAUCGGGUGGAUAUUGUACAAAUUGCCAACACAAUACAAUUGGAAAUAGAUGCGAAGUAUGUAAGGAAGGAUUCUAUAGAAAUCCAAGGAGGAAGAUUAUUCAUCGAGACGCUUGUAUAGGAACGAAAGAUAAAGAAAGGGGGGUGGAAGGUGUCAAUAAUAGUGGUGGUAGUAAUGGUGGUUGUGGGGGUGCUGGAGGCGAUGUUGAUCAAAACACGACGGCAGAUAAUCAUUUGUUUCUUGUUUGUCAUAAAUAAGCAAACAUGACAUAGUUAUGUAAUAUAUAAACAAGGUUACGCCGGGAAUAGGCACCUGGCUUUAACACUGAUUGAUUAUCACCCCCUCUUCUGUCUUAUCCCGUAUAUUUUUACAGCUUGCAAAUCAGUUCCGCUGCUGGCCAUAGGCUAUUGUUCUAUUCCGUAUAUCAUCAAAACAUCUGCGCCCCCUCCUACCUUACCCCUCUUUCUCUAUUCGUUACCAAGGGAGAUGGGAAGAGUGACGGAAAAGAAUGCAAUGGGAAAACGAUUGUAAUUCCCCCCACCCACUAGUCCCUGUCGUCCUUUUUUUCUUUCCUUCCCCUUGUGCCCCUAUCGAAAAGUGAUUAAUUUCGAUUACGUAAUACAGCGUGUGACUGCCACCCGACUGG